UCGUGUUUGCUUUCCAGGCAACUUUUUGAGGCUAACUUCAGUCAUGCCAGUUAGUCUCCGCCCUCCUCGCUGUUGAGUGUGUAGUUGUGACCAAAAAGUUCGCCUUGACUGAGGGAAUAUACUCUGCCUAUCACCCACUAUUGGUUCAAUUCCAUCAUUGUUUCCAAAAGACCCGAGGGUUCACCAGGCCACUGAGGCAAAAUGGAGUGCUGUAUGACGACACGUAUGGAAAGUUGAGCUACAGUUUAAUUCAUCGAAGAGAUUUAGAUGAAUGAAAGUAUAGAUGUUUUUCAUACAGUCACUGUCCCGUUAAAACACAGCUCCAAUUUUUAUGAGACGUUCCCGCUCUACCCGAAAACAUCACAAGGACUUGCUUUUAAACAAACCUAAAGCAUACAGAUCUCGACUCUUGAGACCAUGUCAAAGGGCGAAGGAGAAGAGAUGAUAGAGAUCGAGAUCGACGAACGUGAAAAACAAGGAUGCCUGGAGGAAGGCAUGGAGGAACAGACCAUUAUGACAUCGGAUCUAAUUCAGCAAGACAUCGACAUCAACGAGCCAGUGGGCAAUUUGAAGAAGCUUUUGGAGCCACGGAUCCAGAUCUCACUGGAAACAUAUGACAUAUGCUUGCAGGACAUUCAGCUGCACCCUGAUCACAGCCUCUUCGAUCAGGGCGUCAAAACAGACGGCACUGUGCAGCUCAGCUUGCAGAUUAUUACCAAACCAGGUGAGGAGAAGUUGAACAUUUUGGAGAUAGUGAAGCCGGUGGAGACAGUGGAGGUGGUGAUCGACCCGGACGCCGCCGGGGAGGAAGGCUCCCUGGUGGAGGAGGGACAGCUCAUCGCAGUAGAGCGGUCUGGCCUGUCCGACGAGACCUCGGAGCAGGUCACGCGCUGGGCCGCCGCACUGGAAGGCUACCGCAAAGAGCAAGUGCGACUCGGCAUACCAUACGAUCCGCUCCUGUGGACAGCUGACCAGGUGAUCCACUGGGCCGUAUGGGUUAUGAAGGAAUUCAGUAUAGACGAGAUGGAAAUCGGCAGCAUCCACAUCCCAGGUCGUGACCUCUGCUCUUUCAACCAAGAUGAAUUCCUCCAGAAAGUGCCAAACGGAGAGAUACUGUGGAGUCACCUCGAGCUGCUACGCAAAUAUGUGUUGGCGAGCCAGGACCAGUCUGGAGGGGAUGCCACAGUCACAAUUGAUCAACCUGUGCAGAUAAUCCCGGCUCAAGUCAGCACGCCCACUGCCAUUAAGGUGAUGAAGCAAAACCGUGGGCCUCGAACGCCUCGCAUCUCAGGAGAGGAGCGCAGCUCACCUGGCAACCGCACAGGCAACAACGGUCAGAUCCAGUUGUGGCAGUUCCUGCUGGAGUUGCUGACGGACAAAGACGCAAGAGACUGCAUUUCCUGGGUGGGCGAGGAAGGGGAGUUCAAACUCAACCAGCCCGAGCUGGUGGCACAGAAGUGGGGCCAGCGCAAGAACAAACCCACCAUGAACUACGAGAAACUUAGCAGAGCCCUCAGGUAUUACUACGACGGCGACAUGAUCAGCAAGGUGCAAGGCAAGCGCUUCGUCUACAAAUUUGUGUGCGACCUGAGGACUCUGAUCGGCUACAGCGCCGCCGAGCUCAACGGCCUGGUGACAGAAUGCGAGCAGAAGAAAAUGUCACGGAUGCAGAUGCACCACCAGCCCAUCACCACGGUGACGCUGGCCACCACCACUCUGGACAAGGACAGUUGAAGGCCGUGUACAAACUCUCCUCUGAACUCUUUACCUUCUGACACGCCAAGUUUGUUACAGGUUUUUAAACCUGAAGAGGGUAAAAUGUCCGCCUGUGAUUCACGGAGAAACGAAUGCUUGAAUGUGACUGAACUCAUGUUAACCCGUCUUCCUCGUCCGUAGCGUACAACAGCCCCACUGUACAUAAACCCACGCUUCAUGUUUUUGAUAGCCGCGAUGGCAUGUGUAUUUUCAUAUUUUUUCCUUUUAUAGAAAUACCCUUUUUGUAUUUUUAUUUUAGUCCAUGUUCCCUACAUUUUUGGAUCCUUUUUUUUUAGAAAUAAAGAAAAAUGUCCACAAGGAGGGAAUAAAGUGGCAAGCAUUUUUUUCUGAACUGUAUGUUAUUAAUUCACACCAUCUGCCAGGUAUAUACAUUCAAAAUUUUAUUCAUGAUAUUGUAGAAGUAGAAACUUUUUUUUAAAGCAAAUUUCAUUUGACUACACAGCGAAAUGAGGGAAAUAUAUAUAUAUAUUUUCUUGAAUGAAACAUUUACCUGAAUAAGAGCUUUAAUUGACAUGUCAAUGUGGUGAUAUGAUAUGUGUGUUGUAGUCAUACACUGAAGACAGAGGGGACAAGAUGAUGGACGCUUGCUUACUUACAAUGGGAUGAAGAAACAAAAACGUAGAAAGGGGGAAAUUAAGAAAAAAAAAAUCCUAAUUCAGUGGAACUUCCAAAGCUAGGCGAUAACCACAGAAUGAGAAAAUCAACAUGAUCAAUACAAUCACAUCAUUGGCUUGAAGGAACUGAAAACACAGGUUGCCUUAUCUUCAAUGUCUGAAGAAUAAACAUUGCAAACCAACAGAUGAGUCGUCUUCUCAAUAUUACAACUGUCGACUAUUUAUAUAUAUAUUUUUAAAGUAUUGCAAUCUUCCAGUUAUUUAGGAAAGAAGUCUUGAAAAGACAUGUCCAAUAUUCAAGGUUGUCUUAUAGCUGGGUCUAUAAUUAAUGUGAUGAAAUAUUCCAUGCAGCUUGGAAGCACAAUGGCCAACUUGCAUGAUAAUUGUCCAUAAGGGAGUAUUUAUUUGACCGUGCUUAGUUUUACUAUGCAAUGGUUCACUUAUUUUUGCACUACAAUGACAUUUAUUUUCAUGACCAGUUUGACCCUGGAACUGACAAUUAGGUUUGAUGGGGGAGGAAAAAAAAUUCUCAAAAUUGGUUGAUUUCUUUGGAGGUUCCACUGUUGUACUGAAUGAUGAUAAAAGAUGGGAAAAGGGCCACUGAGACCCCAACAAUCAAUAACAGCAAAUGGAAAGAUUGAUCUGUAAGGAUUUUCUCAAUUUAGUCCCCCUCCAUUGGCCCAAAAUGUAUUUUUCCAACAUUACAACGAACCAUUUUUUUUGGUGAUGUUUCUCCCCCCCCCUCCCCCCCUCCCACACACACACAAAAAAAAGACAGGAGUGCAUAAAACGCAAACAGUAUAACACAAUCAUCUUCCUUUCGGAUACUAAUACAACGUCAUAUAUUACAUAGAGUAUUUGUAUUCUUUGCCCAUGCAGCUAAAGCAACAGUGAAGCAUGGAGAUCUUUUAAGAAAUUAAAAAUAAAAGAGCGGUUUAAAGCGAGUAUUUUUCUUCCUUCAUAUCACGCGAGGUCACAAAGAAGACACUAGAAAUGUACAAUCCUGACAAAAUGUCCUAGACAGGGGGGUCCAAAGUGCAGACCAUUUUUCGUGCUUUGCUUGUUGGCCCUCAGCACAUUUGUAAAAGAAAAUACAAUGAUUUAAACUAUCAAGGAGUUAUGUUACUAGAUAUAGCGCAAAUUUUCUUUGUUACCUUAUUUUGACGAUGAUGUGAUUUUAUGCAGAAUGCUGGCGCCAGCAACUCAUUCAGUAACUACAAUAUGGAAUGUCGGAAGGAAUUGCAUGUAAAUGCUAAAAAGCCCAACAUGGAUUGGUAGCACGGUGGCCAGAUAGCAACAUUUGACAAAAUAUACCACACUAAAUCGCCUAUCAGCAAAACAAGCGAAAAAAUUUAGGAUUCCAACAUUAGCGUGCCAACAGUUAGCAUCCAUCAAGCACCGAAUUAUAUGACUCCUAGGCAAAUGUAUGCAAAAUUGGCUUUAAAAAAACUAACAUGCUACCAGUUAGCAUGUGUCAAAAAUCAAAUUAUGACUCUCAGAUGUAUAACUGAAAUUUUCUGGAAAAAAGCUAACAUGUUCAUUUUAUCAUUCUAACAGUUAGCAUGUGUCUAGUAAUACAUUGUAUGACUGAUGUGUGUGCCUGCAAAAUUAAACUAACUUGCUAACAGUUAGCAUGUGUCAAAUAUCAAAUUAUGACUAUCAGAUGUAAAAUUGUGAAGUUUUCUGGAAAAAACUAACAUGCUCAUUUUAAGCAGUUUAUUUAACAGUUAGCAUGUGUCAAGUAUUAAAAUAUAUGACUGAUAUGCGUGCCUGCAGAAUUAACUAAAAAUGCUAACAGCGUGUGUCAAAUAUCAAAUUAUGACUCUGAGAUGUGUAACUGAAAUAUGCUGGAAAAAAGCUAACAUGUUCAUUUUAGCAUUCUAACAGACAACAUGUGUCAAGUAUUAAAUUAUAUAACUGAUAUGUGUGCCUGCAAAAUUACCUGAAAAAGCUAAUAUGCUAACAGUUAGCAUGUGUCAAAUAUCAACUUAGAACGCUGGGAUCUAUCCAUCCAUCCAUUUCCUACCGCUUAUUCCCUUUCGGGGUCGCGGGGGGCGCUGGCGCCUAUCUCAGCUACAAUCGGGCGGAAGGCGGGGUACACCCUGGACAAGUCGCCACCUCAUCGCAGGGCCAACACAGAUAGACAGACAACAUUCACACUCACAUUCACACACUAGGGCCAAUUUAGUGUUGCCAAUCAACCUAUCCCCAGGUGCAUGUCUUUGGAAGUGGCUGGGAUCUAUAACUGUGAAAUUUGCUGGGAAAAAAGCAAACCUGCUCAUUCUAGCAUUCUAACAGUUAGCAUGUGUCGAGUAUUAAAUUAUAUGACUGAUGUGUGUGCCUGAAAAAUUAACUGAAAUAGCAAACAUGCUAACAGUUAACAUGCAUCAAGUACCAAAAAGUCUAUGACUCUUUUGAGGUGUCUACCAGCAAAAAAUAGCUAUACAAGUUAGCUUGCUAACUUUAACGUGUUUGGAAUUAGCGGAAAAUGUUGGUCUCUUAUCAAUAUGAAUUGGUUGAAAAAUGUAGGAGGAAAAAACCCGUCAAAGAAAAGCUGGAAUAAGAAAAAUAAUACCGACAUUAGGGCGGUGGUGCGGAAUUUUGAUGCUUGUCAACAUUGACACAAAAUAUCAGGUUGUCAAUAGAUACAUCGGUUUUCAGCGAUAAUUUUCACCGAAAAUAUAUCCUGGUUUUAGUACAGUUAAACCCGCAUUGACGAGCCGCUUGUUUUAACUGAGUACAGCUGCAAAAUAGGCCACUACAGAGCCCCCCCAAAAAAAGUUGCGGUUUAAUUAAAGUCAACAAGAGACCGUGUUUUCACAUUGUCUGUGAACGCACCACACUGUUACGUAAGUCUAGCUAUACAAUCCAAGGGCUUCUUCAUUCCUGUCAAGAGUCCUUAGUGAAAAGGUCAAAGUGAUGUUAAAUGCUUAAAUUCUUCAUUUCGUUCGUUAUUCAUAUGCAUUUUGUAGUGUUUUCCGUGUGUAAAUUGAUGAUAAUUCUUUUGAAAAAGUCUUGCCCGUGUGUAAUAUAAUCA